GUGAACGUCAGGUUGAGUGUGUCAUCUGCUCAUAUCUCGAAGCAGCUUCAACAUGUCCUUCAUCUCGAGAUCCAGAGCUGCUCCGCGGAAUUUCUCCAGUUCCAGCGCCUCCGGCAGCCCUGGACCGCGCAGGGGCAUGUCCAGUGCGGCCAGUGUGUUCGGAGGAGCCGGGGGCAUUGGCUCCCGCAUCUCCGUCUCCAACGUCCGGAACAUCUCCAACAUGAUGCGCCCUUACGUGCAGGUGGAUAACAUGAUGCCGAAUGAGAAAGAAACAAUGAAGGGUCUCAACGACCGUCUUGCCGGAUACCUAUCCAAGGUGCGCUCGCUGGAGGAUUCCAACAGAAAAUUGGAAGAGAAAAUUCAAGAGGUGUUGGCGACGAGAGGCGCAGGCACUGAGAGGGACUGGAGCAAGUAUGAGCUGCCAAUGGCUGACUUGAAGGAUCAGCUCAGGGACAUGGCUAUGGAGAAUGCAAGACUCCUGCUGCAGAUUGACAAUGCCAGACUGGCAGCCGAUGACUUCAAAGUAAAAUAUGAGACUGAGCAGAACCUGCGCCAGGGCGUGGAGCAGGACAUCUGCGGCUUGCGCAAGCUCAUCGAUGACACACACCUGAACCGCAUGCAGCUGGAGAGCCAGAUCGAGGCUUUGAGGGAUGAACUGAUCACACUCAGGAAGAAUCAUGAGGAGGAUGUGGACGACCUCAAGGCCCAGAUCAAAGACUCAAAUGUCUCGGUGGAAAUGGGCAACCACAAGGGUGAAGAUCUGAACGAGACCAUCGACAAGAUCCGCAAGGACUACGAGAAAGCUGCCAAGAAGAGUAAGGAGGACACAGAGGCCUGGUAUCAAUCUAAGUUUGACAACAUCAACAAGGAGGUGAGCCAGAACACUGAGGCGUUGCAGACGGGUAAAAGUGAGCUGAAUGACCUGCGCAGGCUGAAGCAGUCCCUGGAGAUCGACCUGCAGGCUGUGCACAACAUGAACCGCUCUCUGGAGGACACUCUGGACGACACGCAGAACCGCACGGCCCAGGAGAUCAACCAGUACAACAAGAUCAUCCUGGGCCUGGAGAACGAGCUGGGCCAGGUGCGCGCGCAGGUGGAGCGGCAGGGGCUGGAGUACCAGAGCCUCCUCAACCUCAAGAUGAAGCUGGAGGCCGAGAUCGCCACCUACCACGGCCUCCUGGAGGGAGAGGUGCCCGACCACCACGACAACAGGCCCGACGAUGACAAAGUGGGUUUUUCUUUAGAUCAGGCAUUGAACGCUGCGCCUCCUCCGGCAAGUCUUAAGAAGAGGGUUCUCAUCAUCAACCAGGAGGUGUUGGACGGGGAGGUGGUGUCUCAGACAGCGCACCAGAGCAUGUCUGCCAAUAACACACAGGCACAUCGGGAAUACCAACGCCAAGAGGAAGAGGAAAAGAAGGUACAACAACAUAUGACCACACCAAUAAGCACAAGUCCAGCUAAGGAGGAGAACGGAGGAGAGGAGGAGGAGGAGGAGAGCGACAGAGCAGCGCAGCUGGCUGAGGAGGAGAACGGAGGAGAGGAGGAGAGCGACGCAGCAGCGCAGCUGGCUGAGGAGGUGGAGGAGCAUGGAUGCGUCAUAGAACCAUGUGACAUAGAGCCACCUGUAGAGGAAGAAGAGCAAUACAACACGGAGCCAUGUCAAAUGUCACCUAUGGACGGGGAGGAGGAAGAAUACAACGCUGAGGAGGACGAGCCUGCGGCAGAGGUGGAGGAACAGGAGGAAUAGGGGGAACACCUUGUCAACACCUGGCCAGCCCCACCCUAUAUAAGUUUGCAUUCCUCGUCCUCCCCAUACCGUGACAUGCCCUCCACUCCUCUGCUCCGGAGCCGUGCCUAAUCCCUUCCCAUACCGUUCCUCCCAUGUGUCUGGGAACUCACCAAAACCCACUACUACCACUCUGCCUGUAAACCCCAGAGGCAAUAAAAGUGCCUUAAUUCUA